UUGCCCUCUGAAUCGCGAUCACGAUGAAGCGCAUUCGGAGCGGGGAUCCUCUCGGUCCCCGUCCCCGCCGGUGCCGGCCGUCAUGCCUCCUCGUCGGCGCCGCCGCUGUCCUCUACCUCCUCUUCAUGGCCUUCAAGUUCCCUCUUCUCCUUGAAAUCCGUCCCCUUUUCGAUCCUGAUCCCCAUCACCGCCCUUUCCUCGGCUUCUCCUCCGGCCACCACCGACUCCUUGACCCCGUCGUCCGCAAUGCACGCUAUGGCCGCUUGACGGCUGACAUCCUCCGCCGUAGCCGCGAUCCUCCACGGCGCAACUCCUCCCGGAUCGAUCGAAUGGCACGGGAGGCCUGGAUCCUCGGACUCCAAGCGUGGGCCGAAGCCGAAGCCGAGUUUGAUGUCGCUGAUGCCCCUUCUUUGUUUGAGGAUAACAGGGAAUCUUGUCCGGGAUCGAUGUCGAUGAGCGGCGGGAAGGGGAAGGUGAUGCUCUUGCCUUGCGGGAUGAAAGUGGGGACUGCAGUGACGGUGGUGGGCACGCCGAGGUUAGCGCACCAAGAGUAUGUGGCGAGAGGCGGAGAUAGGACGGUGAUGGUGUCGCAGUUCGCAGUGGAGUUGCAGGGGUUGAGGGCGGUGGAUGGAGAGGAGCCCCCGAAGAUACUGCAUUUCAAUCCGAGGUUGCAGGGGGAUUGGAGCUGGAGGCCGGUCAUUGAGCAUAAUACUGGUUAUAGGAUGCAGUGGGGAAAGGCAAUGAGGUGUGAUGGUAUUGCUUCCAAGGAUGAUGAUGAUACUGUGGAUGGAUUUCGCAAGUGUGAGAGAUGGGUACGUAGUGACUACGUUGAGCCAGAAGAAUCCAAAACAUCUUCAUGGCUUAAACGGUUCAUUGGGCGGGCAAAGAGGCCAGAAAUAACCUGGCAUUUUCCUUUUGAAGAGGAAAAGUUAUUUGUUAUAACACUGCAAGCUGGUUUGGAAGGAUUCCACAUUUUUGUUGGGGGUCGGCAUGUAUCUUCAUUCCCGUAUCGCACGGGAUUUACUCUAGAAGAUGCAACAGGUUUAGUUGUCAAGGGAGAUGUGGAUAUUCAUUCUACAUAUGCUACCCUACUCCCCAGAUCUCAUCCCAGUAUUUCACCACUGCAAGCCCUGCAAAUGACUGAGGAAUGGAAAUCUCUUCCCUUGCCAGAGAGUCCAAUUAAUCUUUUCAUCGGAGUUCUCUCUUCUACAAAUCAUUUUGCGGAGCGCAUGGCUAUUAGAAAAACUUGGAUGCAAUCUCCUGAAAUUAAAUCAGGGAAUGUAGUUGCUCGUUUCUUCGUUGCAUUGAAUCCAAGAAAGGAGGUGAAUAUAGUUCUAAAGAAAGAAGCAGACUACUUCGGAGACAUAGUGAUCCUGCAUUUUAUGGAUCAUUAUGAGCUGGUGGUUCUCAAGACAAUUGCCAUUUGCCACUACGCUAUUCAGAACUUGACUGCUGCAUACAUUAUGAAAUGUGAUGAUGACACAUUUAUUAGGCUUGAUGCUGUAUUAAAUGAAAUCAGAGGCCUUGCUCUGCAGAGACCUCUGUAUAUGGGUAACCUAAACCUCUUCCAUAGACCUCUCAGAAGUGGGAAAUGGGCAGUUUCAUAUGAGGAAUGGCCAGAAGAGAUAUAUCCCCCUUAUGCAAAUGGACCAGGCUACAUAAUCACUGCUGACAUUGCGAAAUUCGUCGCCUCUCAAUAUGUCAAUGAAAGUCUAAGAUUGUUCAAGAUGGAAGAUGUAAGCAUGGGGAUGUGGGUUGGACAAUUCAAUAGUACAAGCACUGUUCAUUACUAUCACAACUGGAAAUUUGUUCAGUUUGGUUGUGCAGACAAUUACUUCACUGCACAUUACCAGUCCCCAAAACAAAUGCUUUGUUUGUGGGACAAAUUGGGCAGGCACCAAGCUGAAUGCUGCAACUUCUGAUUAACAUCUCACUUUCUUUCUCUUCUUUUUGCCUCCUUAAUUCUGCAUUCAUUUGCCUCCUGCAGUCAUUUUUUGAAUUUGUGAAUAUAUAUAUAUGUA